UGAUGAUUAUAAUUAUAAUUAUUAAAACAAAACAUUUUUGAUGAUUAUGGUGGAACAUAUAUGCAUAAUCAGCAUUAAUAGUUGUUGUUAACAGCUGAAGGUUAUGUCACAGACACACACACACAAAACACAAAAGGUUUGGUCGAUAUGAUUAUUAUUACCAUUAUGGUUGGAAAUACAAAUUCAGGUUGACAUGGUAACCAUCCGUUAUGUUUUGUAUUUGAUUUCCAUUUCAAACAUUCAUUGGAAUAAUACAAAUAUAUAUAGAUUUUAGAAAUAAAUUUUCUAAACAUCUUUAUCAUGAAAUUGUGAGUUGAGUAACUAUUUGAAUUGAAAAAAUAUCAAUGGCCGAAUGGCUGAAGUGUUUUUGAUUGGACAAAUUACCGGUGGUAAAAAUUUCAAUGAAAAUUCAUUGUUUUGUAAAUGGAAAUUGAUUAUUGGAUCUGGUUGGAAAAUUCUCGAAGGUAUAGCUGAAGGACAAACACAAGUUGACGGCUCUUCAUCAUCAUCAUCAUCAUCAUCAUCAUCGUCGAAUAAUUUCAUCUGCUGGUCACAUCCAAUCGAUUUACAUCUAGUAACCAAAGGAAUUCAAGGUUGGCCAAAAUUAUUGAUUGAAGUUUGGCAUCGAAAUUCUUUCGAACAGACAUCGUUAAUCAGUUACGGUGUGGUAAACAUUCCAUCACAACCGGGUUCUAAACAAAUUUGUUGUCAUACUUGGCGUCCAAUCGGUUCCAUUAUCGAUCGAUUGGCCAAUAUAUUCAAUGGUGAAUCGUUGCAUUUGACCGAAGAAUGGUUAAUAUAUUCACAUGAACAACGUUUUAAAUUGCAUACAGAAACGAUGGGCAUCGUUUGUCUUGAUCUAAAUAUUGUACUGAAAGAUUUUGAGAAAUUCGGUGUUGAAACUCAUUAA